AUGGAUUCGGAAUAUCGAAUAAUUCUGAAUGUAGGUGGAGUACGACAUGAAACAUAUAAGCAUACAUUGAAGAAGAUUCCUGCUACUCGAUUAUCCCGUUUGACUACAAACUUGGCUAAUUAUGAUCCUGUACUAAACGAAUACUUUUUUGAUCGGCAUCCGGGUGUAUUUGCGCAAAUUUUAAAUUACUAUAGAACAGGGAAGCUUCAUUACCCAUUAGAUGUGUGUGGGCCAUUAUUUGAGGAGGAACUCAAGUAUUGGGGUUUGGACUCAAAUGAAUGCGAGCCAUGUUGUUGGAUGACGCUUUCCGGCACUCGAGACACGCAAGAAGUUCUCAAGACAUUAGAUGAGCUCGAUAUUGAAGUUGACAAUGCAGAUGGACAGGAGUUGUACAAACGGUUUGGAUGGGAAGAUGACUAUCACAACGAUAGUUUAAGUAAAUGGCAAAGAUUAAAACCCAAAAUCUGGAGAUUAUUCGAUGAGCCAAGUUCAUCUCAAGGAGCAAAGGUUAUCGCCAUCAUAUCCGUGUUUUUCUUAAUCAGCGCAAUUCUUGUUUUCUGUCUGAAAACUCAUCCUGGUUUACGAAUUUCUGAAAUCAUACCAGUAGGAAAUAUUAGUCGUGGAGCUCGAGCUGCUAGCAAUAAUAACUAUAAAUAUCGACCAGCUCCAUUAACAGUUGACAAGACCAAUUCGAAAGCUCACCCUGGUUUCAUGAUGAUCGAAACAUUGUGUAAUAUAUGGUUUACAAUUGAAAUUCUUGUUAGGUUCAUCGCCUGCCCAGUCAAGUGGGAAUAUCUAAAGGCGCCAGUAAAUUUGAUAGAUAUCGUGGCUACUUUGACAUUCUAUGUGGAUCUCCUUAUUAACACUUUUGGAGCAUCCGCUGAUCUCGAAUUCUUCUCCAUUAUUCGUAUAAUGCGGCUGUUCAAACUAACUCAUCAUAACAGUGGCUUGAAAAUCCUCAUGCAUACAUUCAAAGCAUCAGCUAAAGAAUUAAUGCUUUUAGUGUUUUUCCUUGUUCUGGGUGUAGUAGUUUUUGCUUCUCUCGUUUAUUAUGCUGAGCGAGUGGAAAAUAAUCCUGAUAACCAAUUCCAAAGUAUACCAAUUGGACUAUGGUGGGCGAUCGUAACCAUGACUACCAUUGGUUAUGGUGACAUCACUCCGCAUACAUAUCUUGGACGUUUGAUUGGUUCGAUCUGUGCUUUGGCUGGUGUACUAACAAUUGCAUUACCAGUUCCAGUUAUCGUCUCUAACUUUGCCAUGUUCUACUCGCAUACCCAAGCUCGUUCAAAAAUGCCCAAAAAGCGACGCGGCGUUCUCAGUGUAGAUCAGGUUAAGCAACAUCCUCGCCAACACAACCAUAAUCAUAAUGGACCUCGUCGAAACCUUGAAAAUGCUCCACUGAUGAAUAACAAUAAUAAUAAUAAUAACCACACUCCACCACACACUUUGAUUUGA